CCCGUUAUUCAACUAAAGCCCUCUGCUUUGCCACCUCGGUACGCUGUAUCAUCUUCUUCCCCCCUCUCUCCCUCUCUCUCUCUCUCUCUCCAUUUCCGGAAUCAUCGUCCAGUUAACUCCACACUCUUUCGUAUAUAUAAAAAUGGGAUCCAUAAACAACCAUCCAACCACAAUAUGCCACGUGGUGGCGAUGCCUUACCCCGGUAGGGGCCACAUCAACCCCAUGAUGAGCUUCUGUAAUCUGCUUGUUUCCAAAAGCGAAGAGAUUCUAAUCACCUUCGUCGUGACGGAGGAGUGGCUCGGCUUCCUCGGCUCCGAGCCCAAGCCGGCCAACAUCCGCUUCGCCACCAUCCCCAACGUAAUCCCGUCGGAGAUAGGUCGGGCCGCCGAUUUUCCCAGCUUUCUGAAAGCUACUCUGACCAAGCUGGAAGACCCCUUCGAGCGGCUUCUGGAUCGGCUUGAGGCGCCGAAGCCGAACGUCAUAAUCCAUGAUACUUUCAUGAAGUGGGUGCUGGGCGUGGGGAGUCGAAGGAAUAUUCCGGUGGCUUCGUUUUGGACCCAGCCGAUGUCGGUGUUCGCAGUGUUAUAUCACUUUGAUCUUCUCAAACAAAAUGGCCAAUUCCCUGUCGAUGUUUCAGAACGUGGAAACGAGCUGGUAAACUGCAUACCGGGAAUUCCACCAACACGCAUUGCAGAUCUUCCUACAGUAUUCUACGGCGAUGGACGUAACGUUGUGGAUAUAACUAGUGAAGCUGUUUCACAAGUCCCAAAAGCACAGUAUCUUCUACUCACAUCAGCCUACGAGCUCGAAUCCCAGAUUAUCGACACCCUAAAGGAAGCAAUUCCAACCCCAAUAUACUCCAUUGGUCCAUCAAUACCAUACUUCAGACUCGGGGACAAAUCGUCUACUAUAUCUAUUGAUUCCCGGAACGAUGAAGGAUGCUAUCAGCAAUGGCUGGAUUCUCAGCCCAAAUCCUCUGUUUUGUACAUUUCUCAGGGUAGUUUCCUUUCUGUUUCCAGAGCCCAAAUGGACGAAAUCAUCGCCGGGGUGGAUAUGAGCGGAGUUCGGUUCUUGUGGGUGGCGCGUGGCGAUGCUUGUCGUAUUAAAGAGGGAUGCGGCGAUUUGUCACACAAGGGGGUGGUGGUGCCGUGGUGUGACCAAUUGAAGGUGUUAUGCCACCCUUCAAUAGGUGGGUUUUGGACUCACUGCGGGUGGAAUUCAACCAAGGAAGGUGUUUUUGCCGGAAUUCCAUUCCUCACUUACCCAAUAUUCUGGGAUCAAAUUCCGAACUCCAAGACUAUUGUGGAUGACUGGAAGAUAGGUUGGAAAGUGCGGCAAGGAAUGGGUGAGGAAGAACACUUGGUUACGAGAGAAGAAAUUGCUGGACUCGUGCAGCGGUUCAUGGAUUUAGAAAGUGAUGAAGGGAAAGAAAUGAGGAGAAGAGCGAAAGAACUUGAGGAGAUUUGCCGAAGAGCAAUUUCCAAAGAGGGUUCAACUGAAACUGCCAUUAAUGCUUUUAUUCAGGACAUUUCGCAACGUCGUGACUGCUAAAACAGAUUUUAUGUUUUGUUGUUCUAAGCGGUUUGAAGCCUUUCGUAAUUGUGUGUAUCAAUCUUAAUGAAAAUUGCAAUUAUGUUAGAAUUUUGUGCAACAAUCUUUACGAAAAUUGCAAAUUAGUUCAAAA